AUCUCCCACCGGUUGUGCGGCCGCAAGGCCGCAUGUGAGCGAUCUAUGUGCGUCUGCAGCAGCCGACCAGGACAUGAGAACCGGGGGCGGACAUGUCGAUGUCGGUAACCAGAAUCCGAUAGCGGCUAUAUCCGAACUCGACCCGGCUCUGUUACCAAGCCCACCAUCAAUUCCAGCAACUCGGCUCAGCACUUCGACUCGGCUCAUAUCUUUCGAAUACUUCAACGUACACGCCGCGUCUGAUUCCCCAGCCCUCUCUCGCGAUGAUCAAGAUCGAGCGCCUGACAUCCACUACGUCUCCGGCGUUCCAGGAAGCCGCGAGGGUCGUCCACGACGCCUUUGAGCCCGGGUACAUCGCGCAGGCGAUGAGCCCGCGCGGCGAGCACCCCGACUUCCACACGACACGAUACACGAACAUCGUGCGGCAUGGGGUCAUGGACCUCGAAGCGUACACAGCAACUACGGAGGAGGGCACAGUGCAGGCCAUCAUGAUCGUCGCGCCGCCCGGCACGCCAGAUCCGACGCCGAACCAAAACACGGCCGAGUUUAGCGCGUUCGUCGCGUCCCUCCCGCCGGUUAUUAGGGAGGGGUACGAGGCGAUGCACAAGUCCGAGCACGGGCUGCAGAUGCGUGCGUUCCCCGAUAACAGUGACAUCUACUGGAUCGGGUUCCUCGCCACGUCGCCCAAGGCGCAAGGGCGCGGGCUGGCGAAAGCGCUCCUCGCACAGGUGCGGCAGCGGGCCGCAAGCGAGGGCAAGAUCGUGGCGCUGCUCACGCAGACCAAGGAGAAUGUCACGUUCUACGAGAAACUCGGGUUCGUGGUCAAGGACACGAUCACUGGGCCGGUGCGAGACACCACGAUCCAGUACUGGGCUCUCACAUGGACGCCGCCGGCAAACUAGGCGCCCCCGCCUGCUCAUGUAUAGAGAGCUAGAGAUGAUGAUGCAGUUCUUGAUCUCUUGA